AUGAGUUCUAGGACGUUGGCUACGAAGUCCGCUCUGCUGAAGCAGAAUCAGGCUUCCUUCGGAAAUGGGAAGCCAGCAGGAUUCAACUCUUUCCUUCAUCGGCCCUUUUCGUCCUCCACGGACCGGCAGAUUCAUCAAAGCGUCGACUUUUCUUCCACCAGCCAAAGCUAUAAUCGCCUAGGUUAUCGGGCCAAGGAAAAAUUGCUGGAUCGUGAAUUCUUCCUUAGUCUACUGAACUCUGCAUCUACCCGACGAGAAGCCAAAUCGUAUUUAGCGCGCCUCAAAGCCCAGCACACCUCCAAAACGCAGUCAAAGCCGAUCGCUGAACCGAAUCAAGAUACUGCGGCUCUGUCGCUACCGUCAGGUGUUAAUUUGGGGUCUUUCUAUGGUGCCUCGCGCUCAGUUUAUGAGAGUCCAGUUUUCAGACAUGGCUCAACCCCCACCCCGCCCAGGCAGGAAAUUCCGGAGAUGCGACUCCAUCUCGCCCUAGUCAAAAUCGCUACACCUCAGCAGUUGGAGGACUCGGUAAUCAAUGGAGUGGCCAAAACAUUAGCACAGUUGAACCGCCUGGGUAUGCCUUGUUGCGUCGUGGUUGAUCCUGGGCAAAUGGAAAACGCCAAUGCGGCGCGAAAGAUCGCUGCUGAACAAGCAGACCGCAUCUGUACGGCGGUUGACGCACAGCCCGACUCCAAAUCUGCCCACUUGGAUUCGAUCUUCUCCCUCUCCGCGAAAAGCUCGGAUAUCCCGACGGUAUUAUCCCGGAAGGCACUCCUGAAUCCUCUACGAGACGGUCAUAUCGUCAUCAUGGCACCGAUUGCUUACACGGAGGAUGUCCCUAGGGCCGUGACCUUGUCGGGCGAUAAUGCUUUGCUCGCGCUUACUAGAGAACUUGCAGGCCUAGCGAUCGUUCCUGACCCUGAUGAGGAUCCUUGGGUUACGGCCCAGAGGGUCAAGAAACUGCAGCAGGAAGUCUCACUGGAUCGAGUGAUUGUGCUUGAUCCUCUUGGAGGCAUCCCUGCUUUCAGUGGACCACAGAAAUCUCACGUUUUUAUCAAUAUGGAACAAGAAUUUGACGAUGUCGAAGAUCAAUUACUCCAAGCACAACAAUUUGCAACGGCGAGCAGCAAACAACUGUUGGGGUCCAUGCAAGAUACGAAAGUGCCCACAGGGGCCGACAGAAACCAUGUUCUAGCACAAGAGGGUAUUGCUGAGGGCCAUUUGAAAAACUUGCGACUAUCCCAAAAGGCACUUACUAUGUUGCCUUCAGCAUCAUCUGGGAUAAUCACAUCGCCGGCUGAGGUUGCCAAUUCAGCCAGAUCGCCCCAGGCCGAUUCAGAAGUGUCAGCUGUAGGGACUCGACGACAGAGAAACCCAUUGAUUCAUAAUUUGCUCACGGACAAGCCUCUCCUUUCGUCCUCCCUGCCAAUUAGUCGACGUGAAGCGCUUAGCGGGGGGCGAAGCUCUAUCAAUGCACCCAGUUCGCAUACAACAUUUGUCAAACGUGGUAUGCCGUUAACAAUGAUCCCUAAUCCGCGAGUAGAUGUAUGGACUGCCCAGAAUCGCCCUCGGCUAAGAUUGGAUGAUCCCAUUAUCGACCUGCCACGCUUAGUCCAUUUGAUUGAAGAUUCCUUCAACCGUAAGCUCGAUGUGCAAGACUACCUUAACCGCGUCAACAAUCGUCUUGCUGGACUCAUCAUUGCUGGGGAAUACGAAGGUGGUGCCAUAUUGACUUGGGAGCUUCCUCCAGGCGUACAGGACGAUGGAACAGAGGCUACUCAAGCUCGCAUGGUUCCCUAUUUGGAUAAAUUUGCGGUUCUCAAACGCAGCCAGGGGGCCGGUGGGGUGGCCGACAUUGUGUUUAAUGCAAUGGUUCGCUCAUGCUUCCCCAAUGGGCUCAAUGACACGAUGCCCAUCUGCAUCGAAUGUUCUUAUCCGGUCUCACAUCUGUACAGUGCAUACAGUCGCGCGGAUGAUCGUUCUUUGGGUAAAGGCGUACGCCUGACGCAAUGUCCGCGGUGCCAGCGGUUCGCGGACAAAUACGUCGAAUAUGACUUUGUCGUCAUCUUCAUCGACCUGGUCCUAAUCAAGCCCCAGGUGUAUCGGCACCUUUUGUUCAACCGACUGGGAGGGGACGACAAUCAGUUCGAUCGCUCAAUUAUUCGUUUGGGGAUUCUCCUGCUUUUGUUCGACGUCUAUCUAACCUGGGCACGGAUUGAGAAAGCCCAGUCCCUGGCUACAACCUUCCUCGCGCGCGCACCGAUCGUUAUUCAGUACUUCUUUUUCCUGGGCUUGAACACUCUUGCCACUCUUGCUCACCACCUGACUAUCCCGGCACUGCGACAGAAGCACUUUCUCACCCUUCUACGCCAGUCCUCCCCCUCCUUUCCUACGCCCCAAACAUCGUACUCGCAACCGCAAUUAUCCCCUACAACCUUGAGCCCGCCCAAACUCACUGCACAUGGCUCUGUCACGGACUUCUCCUCGACAGGUGGAGUACCGCCAAUGACAUCAGUCAACGACAACAGUACCAACCACACAUCCCAGGGACAUUACCCUCCUCCGCCUCUGCGCCGUGCCUCCACGGCUCCAACUCAAAUCAUACAACCCCUGCCGCCUCCAUCUCCUGCGAGCCCCACUGCCAUCAGCACGGCUCUCCUAGUCAGCAGCUGUGUGAAACUGUUCCCUAUUCUUCUUGUUAUAUGGGGUCCAGACGGCAGCGGCAACGGCGGCGCAUCGGUGAUACCGCCUUAUGAUAGCAGAGGGACCAGCCAAGCGACUUCUCUGAAGGACCUGCCGACACAGGCACUGAAUAGCUUAACUUCUGCUGCUACUCCCGCGGUCGCGACUGCGUCCGGAGUAGCGGAGUCUCCGACGCUUUUGGAGAGCUUGAUUCGGUUGAUGCCCGUGUCGGUGCCCACUACCUACCUCGCUAACUUCAUCGAGAUGAUUGGCUCGCUUCUAUCCCUUGGAGCAGCAGAUACACAUCUAGUACUCCUGAGUAACAUCGAGGCUCUUUAUAUUCUAUUAGGAUGUGGAUACCUACGAGCCAUGGCGUUGGCAAUUGCAGGAUUGUUGGCCCGAUGGACCGUGCAAAAGUGGUAG